AUGAGGCCCCCGCGGAGCCAUAGUCGGCUGAGCGUUGGGAGCAAGCAUGGUGGAAGUCGCGCCUCAGACGAAGACGCCAAAACCGCUGUAAAAGUUGCUGUCAGGGUACGUCCCCCAUUGCGGCCCUCGGACCCCGGCUACGAAUUGAUUCCGCCCCGAUUCCAAAGAUCAACAGUCCAUGUCUCUUCCGACACGAGUUUAGCUGUAGAUGCGCCACAGGGCCGCAAGCUGUUUGUCUUCGAUAGAGUGUUCAACGAAUCCGUGGAUCAAGAUGGGAUCUGGGAAUACCUCCAAGACAGCGUUAGUUCGUUUGUGCAAGGAUAUAAUGUCUCGAUUCUGGCAUAUGGGCAAUCUGGAGCUGGAAAAUCGUAUACAAUGGGUACUUCUGGACCCUCGGAACAGAACGACCCCAAGGCCAUGGGAAUCGUCCCGCGUGCGGCGCAAAUGCUCUUCGAAAAACUGACCGACAACAAGACGAGCCACUCCCGAUCGGCGUCCACGGGCCUGCGGACUCCUGCGAGAUACUCCGUGACCUCGUCAGUACAACACUUAGGCAAAUUAGCUCUGAACAAGAAUUGGCAAUUGAAAGCUACAUAUGUUGAGAUCUACAACGAACAUCUUAGAGAUCUUUUAGUCCCAGAGUCCAUCCCAGUCGGAGACAGAAGUACCGUUACCAUUAGAGAAGAUGCUAAAGGGCGAAUACUUCUCACAGGGCUUCACCAAGUCACCAUUACCUGUUUUGACGAUCUUAUUGGCGCUCUCAAUUUCGGCUCUGCAAUUCGACAGACCGAUUCGACAGCCGUCAAUGCCAAAUCCUCGCGCUCGCAUGCGGUGUUUAGUCUGAACCUUAUUCAACGGAAAGACCCAUCGGCUCCUACCUCGUCCAGAGAAAAGCGCUUUUCGGUCCCCGUUGAAUCUCUGGGCACGGAUACGUUUGUGACCGUUGAUAGUAAGUUACAUUUUGUGGAUUUGGCUGGAAGCGAACGUUUGAAAAAUACCGGUGCAUCCGGCGAACGGGCAAAAGAAGGUAUCUCGAUCAAUGCCGGUCUUGCAAGUUUGGGAAAGGUUAUUUCACAGCUAUCCUCACGCCAAGCGGGCGCCCACGUUUCAUAUCGUGACUCUAAACUCACACGCCUGCUUCAGGACUCGCUCGGAGGAAAUGCGAUUACAUAUAUGAUUGCAUGCGUCACACCUGCCGAAUUUCAUCUUAGUGAGACAUUGAAUACGGUUCAGUACGCCCAACGUGCCAGGGCCAUCCAGAGUAAGCCAAGGAUCCAGCAAGUCUCCGAUGAGCGCGAUAAGCAAGCGGUCAUCGAUCGAUUAAAGGCAGAAGUAGCUUUUUUGCGCCAGCAAAUCCGUAAUUCGGAGGGAGCUGAAAGACGCAGCGGUCCGCUCCAAGAGCGAUCGGAGCGCCAGACAGAGCGAGAACUUGAGCUGCAGAACCACCUCCUGGAUAUCCAGGAAAGCUAUACUGCCUUGAGCCAGCGUCAUGCGAAGUUGAUUUCGGAACUCACUAAAGCCUCUGAUUUCAAUGGCGACACCGAUGACAUUCAAAAUCUUGUGUCUGGCAGCGCUAGUGCGAUAGAAAGACUCAAGCGCUCGCAUUCGUUCGCAGAGUCAGUUGAGCAGGUCGUGCUGGAAUAUGAAAAGACAAUCCAAAGUUUGGAGUCGUCAUUGUCCAACACACGCUCCUCCUUGUCGAGUACCGAAAGUACUUUACUCGAGCGGGAAACGAAAUGUGCCUACAUUGAGACUGUAAACGGACAACUUCAAGCCCGUAUUCAGAAAAUGAUGGAUAGAGAAGCAAACACUGAGCACUAUUUACAUGAUCUGGAAUCAAAGCUUGACGGCCACGCUUCCGGAGAAGAAAAGAAUGCUGCCAUCAUUGCCGAACUGCGAAAAGAAAUCGCUCGUGCGCGCGAAAAUGAAGCUAGUUGUGAGGACUAUAUCUCAACAUUGGAGGAGCGACUAGCCGAAGCGGAUCAAGAUAUGGAAUUGGUACAACGCGAAAUGGAAAGACUCGAGCACGUCAUUGAUCGGCAGCGCAGCUUGGGAAAACUUGACACGCUGCUCUAUGAGCUCGAUCAUAUUCAACACAACGGAUCCCAGGGCAAAAAAGGAAAAGACAGUGUUAUGGGUCCCCCGCCUACUUUAAUGCAUAAACGAAGAGGUUCACGGCAUAGAAAUCUUUCCUUAGAUGUACUUAUGGAAGCUGUCGAGACCGCUAUCCCAGAAUCCGACGAUGAUCUCGUGGAACAUGCACCUCAAGAGGAAUCUGCUCUGCCGGCAGAUGAUGCUGGACUAGAGACUCUUGAAAAAGCUUCAGCCUUGCGUGGUUCUACUGACCUCAGAGCGGACAAUAUCGAAGAGGAGUACGCCCCUCAGAGCCCUGCGCAAUCACGGUUCGUUGCCGAGAAACUUGAGAAUGUGACCCAGGAGUUAUUUGACCUCCGUAUUCAACACGAGAGCACAAUAACGGACUAUGAUCUGCUUCAUGCUAAAUACGAGGAGGCAUUGCGGACUCUUGCAGAGCUCCAGGAUACUGUCGAUGAAUCGCGCCACUCUCUUCCUCCCGUUAUUUCGUCGCCUACCGCUACUCCAAACCCGGUCACUUUUUUAGACGACGUCGAGGCUCAACCACUGAAAAAUGGAGAACAGCGUUCGUCCUCGCGCUCGCUCUCAUCGGAGCUCUCGUUGGCAGAGGGAUCGUCUACCUCACAGGUGGAGUUGGAUACGCCGGCUACUCAGAGACCCGACUCGUGGCAACGAGAUGCAUCCGAGAAGGAUGAGGCCGGUGCUUUGGAGUUAGAACGAAUGAGAAAACUUCUGAUGGAGCAUCAGGAUGGAAUGGGCGUUGUAACUCAGAAAUAUGCCGAACUCCAAGCUGAGCACGAGGAAACGCUGGGUCUAGUCGAGCAACUGAAGUCUGAAGUUCAAAAGACAAAAAUGGUCUCGCCUACCACUCCAACUACCCCGAAAUCGCAGGUUAUUCGAAGAAUGACAAGCCAGAAUUUGAUCAACCCAGAUCGAGCACAUAGGUCCUUUGCUGCUCUCCGAAACAUCGCGAGCGAAGAAUUUGAAAGCAAGCCAGAUACAAUGCAAAGCUUCGAGCUCAAUUUGAAUACAGCAAUGCAUGAGCUUCAUUCUCGGAUGGAAAGAAUUCAAGGCUUGGAGGUUGAAAACAAGAAUGUUAAGAAAGAAAUGGAAAUGAAGGCGACCAUCAUAUCUGGCUUGACUAGAGAACGAUCCAGUCUUCAAGGCCAGUCCCCCGUCGAUUCAUCUGUCGUUUCUCAGAUGCGAAACCAGAUCGUCCACUGCGAAGCCCGCAUCCAAGAACUCCAGGAUGCUCACGAAACCAGGGAGAAGGAACUGGCUGCGGAGAUGUCUAAUCUCAAUGUUAUGUUAACUAGCCACAAAGCUACACUUGACGAGAGAGAUGCAGAGGUUCAGGCCCACAAGCAGACGAUUGCCCAGCUCGAAGAGACGAGCAAUGGUUGGCAAGAAAAACACAACGCGACUGUCUCCGAACUCCAAUCUGCGCAAGAACAAUUACAAUCUACAAUGAAACAACUUGAAGAAGUUAUUGCAGAUCGAUCUCAAUGGCAGGACAAGCAUCAAGUCAUUGCAGAUUCUCUUGUGGCUUCUGAAAACCAACUGAAAACGACUCUUUCGGAGCUAGAAGCUGCGCUUGCCAGCGUUGAAUCCAUGCGCAAAGAGAAAAUCGAAGCAGACAGUGUCAAUGCCAAGGAAAUGGCCGAUGUAGCCACUCGCCUUGAGCAGGAGCGGGCAAACCACCAAAAUGUAGUUGACAGCCUCAACAAGAACAUUGAAGAACACAAGACGUCUCUUUCUGCUAAUCUGUUGACGAUUUCUCAGCUGGAGAAAGCCCAUGCCGACGUCAAAUCGGAACUGGUGAACCAUUCUGAGACGACACAAUCCACCGCCAAGGAGCUCGCGUCCUAUCAAUCUCGUGCUGAUGAGCUAUCCCAGGAGAUCGAAGGCCACAAAGCCGCCUUUGAACAACAAAAGUCCAGCCUAGAAUCCUUACAGUCGUCUCACGCAGAAGAAUUACUGCAAUUAGAGUCCCGAGUAAAAGCGGCAGCCGAAGCAGAGUACGCCUCGCGUAUUGCAAAGGAGAACGAAGAACAUACCCGAGCUCUUGAUGACUUAAAACUUGAAAUCACUGCUUCCAAGAACGAAUUAACUCAACUACUUGCGACGAUUACGUCUGUUUUGAACGUCCCAGUGACUCCAGAUUCUCUUCAAGAUCAGCUGCAGGAUAUUGUUUCCCAGAAAAAGAGCUUUUCUGAUAAAUACUCUGAGCUCAGCGGAACACAUGAGAAACUUCUGCAACAAUUGGAUGAGAAACAGAAGAGCCACACUCAGCUUGAAGAGCAGAUUUCGACCCUCAAUGAAAAGAGUGAGCAGCAGGAAGUCAAAGUCAACGAACUCGCUCAUCUUGUCGCCACUCAUGAAGAUUCUCUGACUGCAAAGGAUGAGCUAAUCAAAAAGAAAGAAGCCCUUGUCACCGAGCUCUCUGUUGAAAAAGAUAAGAGUCUUCGUCUCGUGGAGGAGCUUGAGGAGCAGAUCACGAAUACUUUUGAUCAGCAUCACAACCGUCUCUCGGUCAUUCAAGCGGAACGUACUCAAGCACUGGAUGAAGCGCACAAUAAAAUUGCGUUAUAUGAGAAGGAGGUCGACUCUUACCGUUCACGCAUUGAACAUCUUGAGUCACAAACUCGAAAUGCUACACCGGACGGUCACAAUGCGGAACGAACCAAUUCCAUAUCAUCGAACCUUCGAAAAAGCUCGUCUGCUACGUCUUUACCUUCUCCACCGCCUGCGAUCCCUCUUCCUCCCCUUCCAAACAUUGCCGCUGCCACGAAUACCGGCAGCAUUUCGCCGCCCAGCUCGAGGCAUACAAGCAAGGAACUUGUCAACGCUCAACUUGUUGAAGACCAGGAAGCUCGCAUUCGUACAAUCGAGAAGCAUCUUCACGCUGAAAAACAACUGACUGCAACUUUGGAGGAAGCCCUCGGUGACCUUGAAGCUCAAAGCAACAAAGUCAAAACGGACAUGGAAUCCUGGAAGAAGAAGGCUUGGCAACUGGAGGAAGAGUUAAACACACUACGCUCUGAACGCAAUUCCGCUAGACUUUCACUCCAGGCAGUAGAGGAAGAACGAAGUGCCCGGCGAGAAGCCGAAGCUGCACGUGCACAUUUGGAAGAAAAAAUGAAUGCAAUCAGCAAGAAAAAGAAGAAGAGUACCUUGAACUGCUUUUAA